CAUAAUAUCGGUUUUUUCAAGAAGCACUACCUGUUUGAUAAAAUUCCCCUCAGAAACAAACCGUACUAAGUUUGAAGAAAUUUCACUGCAGAAAUGGCUUCAAGAACUGCUAGCAAAGACAUAAUCACUCUCCGUGGAUCCACAGCCAUCGUCAGCGAAUUCUUUGGUUAUGCAGCGAACAGUAUUCUGUACAAUCGUGGAGUUUAUCCUGAAGAAAGUUUUGGAAGAGUGAAGAAAUAUGGACUUCCAUUGUUGCUUUCUCAAGAUGAGGGUGUUAAGACAUUCAUCGCGAAUUUGCAUGCUCAGCUUUCGGAAUGGCUGGAAGCUGGGAAGUUACAAAGGAUUGUUCUUGUGAUUAUGAGUAAGGCCACAAAUGAAGUACUUGAGAGGUGGAAUUUCAGUAUAGAGACAGAUGGUGAAGUUGUUGAGAAAGGAGUUUCAAGGGAGAAGAGUGAUAAAGAAAUCAUGAGGGAGAUUCAAGCUAUUAUGAGACAGAUUGCAUCCAGCAUUACGUACCUGCCAUGCCUCGAUGAACCCUGUAUCUUUGAUGUGUUAGCAUAUACUGAUACGGAUGUUGCAGUACCAUUCACUUGGACCGAAAGCGACCCAAAACUGAUAGCGAAUCCCCAGAUGGUGAAAUUGCAUUCUUUCGAUACCAAGAUACACAAGGUUGACACUUUGGUGUCUUACAAGAACGAUGAAUGGGAUGAGCAGUAAACAAAGAUGAUGUGAUUUCUUUUGCUUUUGUGUCCUUUUCUUGUUGACCCUUUAAAGGUCAAUGGUUUUUGAUUCAGUUUGUGUAAGCCUUGAAAUAUAUGGAAACUUUAAAAGAAAUGGGCAAUUGAAAUUGAA